AUGUCGUUCACCACCAACGAGCCCGUUACCGACAGCAUGAGCAAGGAGGAGAAGGCCGCCCAGGUCGCGCAGGACGCUGCUGACCGCGAGCGCGAGCGCACCGAGCAGGCCGCCCUCCCAUACAGCUGGAACCAGGACCUCAAGACAGUCACUGUCAACGUGCCGCUCCCCGCUGGCACGCGUGCCAAGGACCUGAAUGUCGUGAUGGACCGCACCAAGCUCAAGGUCCAGGUCAAGGGCGAGGAGGCCAUCAUGGAGGGCGCGCUCUUUGAAGAUAUUGCCAAGGACGACUCGAGCUGGACCAUCGACAACGGUAUUCUCACGUUUGAGCUGGAGAAGCUGUCGGGCCACAUCGGCUCGCACCGCUGGUGGCCCCACGUCCUGACCCACCACCCCAAGCUGGACACGACCAAGAUCAAGCCCGAGGACUCGAAGCUGAGCGACCUCGACCCCGAGACCCGCGGCAUGGUGGAGAAGAUGAUGUUCGACAACAAGCAGAAGGCCAUGGGCAAGCCUACCAGCGACGAGCUGAGGAAGCUCGAGGCUAUUGACAAGUUCCAGAAGAUGCACCCCGAGAUGGACUUUAGUCAGAUCCCGCGCAGCCAGACCAAGGCCGAUAUUGCGUUAUCAGCGGAAAAGUCCAUCCCCUUCAUCUUCCGCAUUUACCCACCACCUUACAACGAUGCCUGCCUGAAAGCACUGCUCAUCGACCUUAACGGAACCCUCCAUGUAGGCCCAAACCUCACCCCGCGCGCCGCCGCCGCCGUGGACCGGUUGAGAGCCGCCAAGGUCCCCUUUGUGUUCUGCUCCAAUUCGACCAAGGAAUCCGAGAUCCGCCUCCUUGCGCGUCUGAACAAGAUGGGCCUCUCUGCCGCUCAGGACGAGCUGCUCACGUCGCUGGGAGCGUGCCGGUCCCUCGUCGAGCGCAGGGGGUUGCGGCCCUUCCUCCUCCUCUCGUCCGAGGCCCAGGAGGAGUUUGCGGGCCUCGACCUGUCCCCGCCACACAACGCCGUCGUGCUGGGCCUGCACCCCCAGAGCUUUGGGUACGACAACCUCAACACGGCGUUCCGCAUCCUUAAGCGGGAACCGCUCCAUGGGGUCGACGCGGACAACGGCGACGACGCGACGACCACCCCACAGCCGGUCCUCAUCGCACCGCACACGGCGGCGUUCCACCAGGCGCCCGACACGGGCAGUUUCCCCUCGGGCCUCUCGCUGGGUAUCGGCGCGUACGUGCGUGCUCUCGAAGCAGCGUCGGGCGUGACUGCCGAGGUGGUCGGCAAGCCCACGCGCUCGUUCUACGAGCUGGCCAUUGCGCGCAUCGAGACAAUGUACGGCGUGACGCUGGAGAGCGGCGAGGUUGGGAUUGUAGGAGACGAUGUGCGGAACGACCUGGGCGUGGGUGCGCAAGAGUUGGGGCUGAAGCGGAUUCUCGUCCGGACCGGCAAGUACCGUGCAGGUGUCGAAGAGGGCAGCAAGCCUGAUGCAGUGUACGACACGUUUGCCGACCUCGUCGACGACCUCGUCCUCUCAUGA